AUGUUUUAUUUGAUACAACCCACAAGUUCCACAUUUAGCUCCCCAUACGACAUUCCCAACUACGAACUCGAGGUCUGGCCGGUGUUUGCAACAUUGUUAUUUAUUGAGCAACUGGUCCAUUGGUUUCGCGGCUCAGACCCGACCAGACUGGCCAACACUAUACUUAACUUAGGCUCAGGACUAUUGGUGGCGAUCACAAGUUCUACUAUUGGCAAUAAUAAUCAAAACAAUGUAUUACUUUCACUACAAUUAUCAUUUGUUUUGUCUGUCGUCGUCGACCGACACGUGGUUUGUGUGCCUAAUAUUAAACGAUUUUGUCUAUUAUUGGUCGCAUCGGUCGCUGCAUCGGAUCCACCUCUUAUGGGCCAGUCAUCAGUUUCAUCACAGCCAAUGGCCCGACACAGACCUGUCCACUGGGCACAGGCGCUCAGUUAUUGA